UACCAUAGUACCUAACGACAAAACCAACUCAAGUACCACCUUCAGUAAAUUAUUAUCAUCUUCUCUCCAAACGCUACCAAUCCCAAACCGAAUAAACUUCAAACAUUCAAACCAAUGGCAACUAACGAAUCCAUUCCAGUUGAAUCCGACCCGACUCCAACACCUUCACCACUCCUCGGCGACAUGGACGAACUCAAAAAAGUCUUCAACAACUUCGACGCAAACGGCGACGGCAAGAUCUCCGUCAACGAACUCGAAACCGUACUCCGAACACUCAGAUCCGACGUACCACAACAAGAAGAACUCCGACGCGUCAUGGAAGAACUCAGCACUGACCGCGACGGUUUCAUCAACUUAUCUGAAUUCGCCGCGUUCUGCCGCUCCGACACCACCGACGGCGGCGAUUCAGCUCUUCGUGAUGCGUUCGAUCUGUACGAUAAAGAUAAAAACGGGCUCAUUUCGACGGAAGAGCUUCAUCUUGCACUGGAUCGUCUUGGAAUGAAGUGUUCCGUUGAGGAAUGUCAAGAUAUGAUUAAGUCUGUUGACUCUGACGGUGACGGUAGUGUUAACUUUGAUGAAUUCAAGAAGAUGAUGACAGCGAAAGUCAAGACUCACACCGUUAACGAAUCUGUUAGUUAGACGGUAGAGAUUUUCUCAGUCUUUAUCGCCGCCGGUAGAAGUUCCGGUGAAUCUCCGGUAAGAGACGUUUUCGCUUUGCUUUUAACAUAAAUGAAUAAAUAUAGAUAAAUAAUGAGCGAAUUGCUCCACUGAAACUUUAGACUUAGAUCUAAAUCGAAGACGAAAAUAGAAAUUUCGUAUAUUAUCAAAUUUGUAAUUGGAAUCAAACUUUUGUUCUUAACUAUUUUCUUUAAUCAUGAUUAUUACAGCAGGUUGAUUAAAUUAUUAUUUUAGAUUUC